AUGGAUUCACGACAAAGUAUGCUCGAAGUAGUUAGAAAAGAUAGUAUGAUUUCAACUACUGAAGCUUUUCAUAAACUAGUAGAAAAUGAUGUAAAAAAAUUCGAGUACUCAUCAUUUACAGAUAUCCAUCGCAUUGGAAGAGGUGCAUCUGCAAAUGUAUUCUCUGCUACCUUAGAAAACGAAAAUUAUGCAUUGAAACAUGUGACAGAUGAAGAAAUGUUAAGAGUAGCAACUCGUGAGCUUCAAAUUCUUCAUAAAGUUGAUCAUAUAAACGUCAUUAAAUUUUAUGGAAUUUCUGAAGAAAUUGAUGUUGGAUCCAUUACUUAUGAAAUUCCUGAAAAUAAAAUUCCAAUUGAUGAUUCCGAAGAGCCACCAUUCUUACUCAAUGAAUUGUGGUCAGAAUUUAGAGAUUCAACAAAUCGUGGAAAUGAAUUUCAACAAAUUUCUAAGAAAAUAAAAGAUUUAAUUGAAAAAUAUGGAAAAAAUUUGGAAGCUAUGUUUGAUGAACUUAAAAAUCUACCUGAUGAUACAAAUGCACAAUGCCUUCUUGGAUUUUUUUAUUUCAUCGGAAUUGGAACUAAUAAACAACUUGAUAAAUCAUUCAAAAUAUUUCAACAAGUAGCGGAUAAAAAUAAUUCAGUUGGACAAUUUUACCUUGGUGAAUGUUAUAGAUGUGGUUAUGGAAUUAAAAAAGAUCCUAAAAAUGCAAUUUAUUGGCAUAAAAGCGCAAGUGAAGCAAAAAAACAAUUAAGUCAAUUGUCUCCAAGGAAUAGGGGCUUCUUUUUUAAGGCAAAAGAAAAUGAUAUACAAAGUGAUGGAAACAAUAAAGCUUUAAACACGGAACAUUAA